UUAUAACACGCCGUACAACUUCGCGGUAAUCUUUUAAAAACAAACUUAGUGAAAGUGCAAGUAUAAAUAUCGAUGUGUAACACAAAUAUAUUAUGUUAAAAAUUUUACUGCGUUUACAUGAAGAUUUAUUAUACAAGAAAAUAGACUUCGACUGAUGAAUAAAACUUAAAAUGGACAGCGAAAGUUCAUUUGCCUCUUUGCUUGAAGACUCGUUCUCCGACAACGAAACGGUUGAUGAAGCUACCGAUUACUCGUCGAAGAUAAAAGAUGCAUUGGAAGAUUUUAGCCAGCGUUUCGACGUGGAACUCCUGCAACAGGCACUGCAAGUAUGCUUGUCCUCUUGUCCGGACAAUUCAUUGGAAGUGAAAAUAUUCCAAGAAACAUUUCCCAUCGCGCAGCGUCUAUUGUCUCAGGCGCUCGAACGAAUCGGUGAAUUGAUAAACUCGGACGGAGGAGGUGCUUUGGAUAAUGUAAAGCGACAGUUGUCCAUUUCUCAUGACCUGUUAACUGUGUGGGAAAAGUCCAUCGAACGAGCUUCGAAAAUUCAGAAAAUAUCUGCGAUCAAUCUGAGAUUUUUAUUGGAGGACGCAUCUACUAUAAUUAAACUGAUCUUCGAACACUGUCGUGCGAGCACGAAAUUGUACGGAACUUUGUUCGAGGGCGUAUCGGAAAAAUUAACGAAUCUCUUUCGUAAGGCGAAAACGAUCUUGAACCUAUUCCUGGCCACUUUGGAAGGUGUAAUCGUUUUCGACACGGAUGCGGAAUCGGAAACGGAGCUGCUAGUAAAAGUGAUUGACAGAAUCGGGUCUCUGGUCAGCAUCGCGCAUGCAUUGGAUCUGAAGACGUUCGUUGAAACGUCGAAAAUGUUCGGUAAGCUGGCAGUUACCUACCAACAUGUUGUGAAACGGGGGGAUCCAACAAACAUCACGUUGCAUCUCGAACAAUUAGCGAAAGACGUGACGUCGAUGCUUUUGUGGCUUCAGAAUUCUCUUGGCAAUGCAGACGAAAAGAAGAUAAAGGUAGCUGGUCAUUCGUUAAAAAUUUUGGACAGACUGCUCGCAGCCUAUUAUUCCAAUAUAAGCAACGAAACCCUUCUGUGCGUGAUCGAGCUUAUCAUACAAAUGCAUAGAUGUAAUCCUGCCUGUUUGAGAAGGUGCCAGAUCUCUGAUAAAAUGAUCGAGUUAAUAAAUGCUCACAUCACAAGGAGCGCGGAGCCAUUUUUGAACACCGUUUUCAAACACUCCGAUUUCAAGCAGAUCUUCUUCGAGUGCAAACAUCGAACGAACUUCGACAAGCUCGGUUACCAUUUGUUAAUUAUUAGUAUUAUGAAGAAAUUAGUGAGCAUGCCGUAUGAACAGCACUGUGAAUGGACGCUGGGCGCGGAGUCGAUCAUCGAUGUCGCGUUAACAAGCAUUUGGGACAUACAGGAAGAUAUUUGUGCGGGAGACGUAAAGUUGCCAAGCAGCCACGAUAUUGGAGAACAACCAAGAUUGGCCACGUUGUACGAAACCACCCAUGUCCUAAUUUGUGGUUUAAUCAGCCAGAUCUCUCCGGAUGGUUUCUAUGCUGUCGAGCUAAUUUUAUUGAAGCAUUUGUUGAGCGAUCGACUUUGGAGUGCUCUUCUCAGCUCGGACAUCUGGUGUUUCAUAGGACGAAUCAGUUCUUCGGAACUGUGCGUCAAUCACGUGAAAUAUUUAUUGAAAGUUUACACGUCGUUAACGGAACGAGGCAACAGCCUCGAACUUGUCAUUUUGGAGAACUUGAUCGGAAGAUUGUACAGUUUGCUCUCGGAAGAGUCGAGGCACUCUAUCAUAACGGAGCUCGACGAUCUCGAGAGCCGAUCCUGGUGUGCUGUCGCGAGCUUUUUGCCAACGAAAACGAGAUCGUUUCUGCAGAAACGUCUGACCUGCGCGCUUAAAGAAAUCCCCGAGGCUUUUCUGAAACUUCAACGGCAGCCCACGGUGCAAAAUUGGAAUCGUUUCGCAACGCUGCUGUUUUUCAUUGGGAAACUUAAUUAUACCGGAGAGAAGAACACCGCGGACGUAUUUUCGCAGAUGUGGAACUGCAUUUCGAGCACGAUCGAGAUUUUGGAAGACAGGCAAGUGGACAUAGUGUCGGAAUUCACGCGGAAACUGAUCGAAGCCACGCAGCCGGAAAAUAUUCAAGAUGACAUAUUCCACACGCUUCUGGAAGCAAUGUUAACGUCGCUUCUGUGUUCGCCGUCGCACGUCAGAGCGACCGCGUCGCAUUACCUGAAGGACAACGUGAACAAGUUCGGUAAUUGCGGUCCGAAGACCGCGAAUGCACUGACAGAAUUGAAUUGCCGUCUUCUGGAAGACAACAAUCCGUGGGUACGGCAGGAAGCUUUGGAAUCGUUCGAUUAUAUCGCUCACAUGUGCCCGAACGAGGAUCUGGUUACCAAAAUGGCGACAGCCAUUACCAGGAAGCCAUCGCUGGGCGAGUCUCUUCCAGCUUAUCUCUCCAGCACGCCUUAUUACGAGCUCCUCGACUUUUCGGACGUGCGGCUUUACUUGCAACACGUGGCUAAAAAUUCGGUGAACGUUUGCCACAUUUGCUGUCGAUACGAGGAGUCGCAAAGGGACGAGAAGCUCGCUCGAAUGGAAACCGAGUCGAGCGACGGUUCCGAGGGUCAGUUCUCAUCGAAUCCGUCGUCGCAUGUCCUGGACGAAGAAGCGAACAGGAUAUGCGACGAGUUGAAUGACAUUUUAAGAAACACCGCCGAUAUCGCUGACAACACGUUACGAAGAUUGCGACUCGUCUGUGCGAAGCUUUUAGAUUUGACCGAAUCGUCGAAAUGAAUUUUUAUUUCAGUAUUAUCUUUUACAAACAAUUUAUUUAUGAUCACGGGCGAACGUACAGUUAAUGUAGCGUAAAACAUACUCCAUGGUAAUUAUCGUUUUUUGGAUAUAUUGUUGAAAAUAUUGAUAUCGUACGCAAAGGAAAAAUAUUUCAUUUUUUUGGAUGCAGAAUUUGAUCGGAUGCGAGAGUUAGGCCGAUCAUGUUUCUUUCAUGUUACUUCACAGUCGGUUCCGAGUUCUCAGUUAUUAUGGAUAACAUAGUUAUCAAGCGCAAAUGUAAAGAAAAAUAUUUGGAAAUAAACUAUGGAAAUCGAUCAUCAA